AGUGCCGGCCGAGAGUCCUCUGCGUGCGGCUGCCGCGGCCCCUCCACAGCGUCUCUGACAGCCCGGGCGGUGCGACCCGCGACCCUUCUGGCCCCGCGCAGAUACCGCGGCCUCCACCGCGUCCCGAGGAGCGGCCGAGUGCCCUCUCUCGCCUCGGCGCCCGCAUCCGGGGCCAUCCGUCCCGCCGUCGCUGCGGAGGCCGCAUCUGGCGCGCAUCUGGAACCGCCCGGCCGGCCGCGCUGGAGCCCGCGCCCACCCUGGCCCGGCCGCGCCGGGAGCCCUGCCCGGAGCUGGAGCCGCACCUGGAGCCGCGGGCCCGGGGCCCUGAGCCGCGCAGCCGGCGCAUGGUGAACUCGCUGCUGUUCGGGGAGAUGGCCUUGGCCUUCGGCUGCCCGCCGGGCGGCGGCGGCGGGGGCUGCCCUGGCGGGGGCGGCGGCGGCGGCGGGGCCGGGCCGGGUCCGUCGCCGGUGACGGCGGCGCUGCGGGACGACCUGGGCUCCAACAUCCACCUCUUGAAGGGGCUCAACGUGCGCUUCCGCUGCUUCCUGGCUAAGGUGCACGAGCUGGAGCGGCGCAACCGGCUGCUGGAGAAGCAGCUGGAGCAGCAGCAGAGCGAGCGCGAGCGGCGGCUGCGCUACAAGACCUUCUCCCGCGAGCAGGCCGUGCAGACCGGGCCCGAGCUGCUGUGGCCCCCGGCGCCCGGCGGCGGGCACGGGCUCAGCAGCGGCGCGGCGGCCGGCGCCAACGCCAAUGCCGUGGCCCUGGGCGGCCUGCCCCCCGGCGGCAGCUCGCACCCGCAGCACUACGGCCGCCUGCCCGGGACCAUCUGGAGCUACACGCAGGUGCGGCGCACGGGCGGCGGCGGCGUGGAGACCGUGCAGGGCCCCGGCGUGUCGUGGGUGCACCCCGACGGCGUGGGCGUGCAGAUCGACACCAUCACGCCGGAGAUCCGCGCGCUCUACAACGUGCUGGCCAAGGUGAAGCGCGAGCGCGACGAGUACAAGCGGAGAUGGGAGGAGGAGCUCGCCAAGCGCAUGAACCUUCAGACCAUGGUGGAUACGCUGCAGGAGGCGGCACAGGAGGCUGAUGCCAUCCAGGAGGAGAUGAAUGAGAAGAUCGAGCGGCUCAAGGCCGAGCUGGUGGUGUUUAAGGGGCUUAUGAGUGACCCCAUGACAGACCUGGACACAAAGAUCCAAGAAAAGGCCAUGAAGGUGGACAUGGACAUCUGCCGCCGAAUCGAUAUCACGGCCAAGCUGUGCGAUGUCGCACAGCAGCGGAACUCGGAAGACGUGUCCAAGAUCUUCCAGGUGGUCCCCAAAAAGAAAGAGCGUAAGGUGGCUUCCGAUGAUGACAUCUCCGAACAGGACGGGGAGGUGAACCGGUUCUCAGACGAUGAGGUCGGCUCCAUGAACAUCACUGAUGAGAUGAAGCGCAUGUUUAACCAGCUGCGGGAGACCUUUGACUUUGACGACGACUGUGACAGCCUGACGUGGGAAGAGAAUGAAGACACGCUGCUGCUCUGGGAGGAUUUCACCAACUGCAAUCCGACCAUCGACCUGCAGGGCGAGCAAGAUGAAAACUUGGGCAACUUGAUCCACGAGACCGAAUCCUUCUUCAAGACAAGAGACAAGGAGUACCAGGAAACGAUAGGUCAGAUCGAGCUCGAGCUGGCCACAGCCAAAAGUGACAUGAACCGACACCUGCAUGAAUACAUGGAGAUGUGCAGCAUGAAGCGAGGCCUGGAUGUGCAGAUGGAGACCUGCCGCCGGCUCAUCAAAGGCUCUGCAGACAGGAAUUCACCGUCCCCCAGCUCCGUGGCCAGCAGCGACUCAGGAAGUACAGAUGAGAUCCAGGAUGAGUUCGAGCGGGAGGCGGAUGUGGAGCCCAUGGUCAGCUGAUGACUGAGGCCCUGCGAGCCUGGUGGUCUUGGUAAUGGGGCCCUGCCACCUCUCCUCACGGGGCCAGGAAGGCCCCUCGGAGUGGGGUUCGAAGCCGCACCACACAGACUUUCUCUGCCCUCCCUUCUCUGGAGGCCCCGAGGGACUGCUGCUUCCUUCCUUCCUUCCACACCACCAACGGGUGCCCCGUCUCCAUCCCCCACCCACCCAAGGAAUGGUGCUGUCAAUUUCUAUUGUUCUCCACAUUACAAAUGCAGACUUCUGUGCGGACUUUGCAGUGUUAACUGUGCCUUCUCCCUUAAGCUGAGCCACUUUGAGCUCCAAAGAAUUAUUCCUAGCAGGUGUUUUUAUACAGAACUCUAAGCUGAGGGCCGGGCCAACUGGCCGAGGUGUAAUGUGGUUUCUGCCGUCCGUCCCACCUGCUCCUCUGAUUGGCCAUGGGCUAUGCCCUCCCUUCCUCCUGAGCCAGCCCAGACUGGCCUGGGGCUUGGGGUGCUCUGCCAACCCCCAGGAAGGAGCCGCUUGCCUCUGUGAGCUUUCUAGGCCUGGGUAGGGACCACCCCAGUUUUCUCGCUCCCUGAAGGAGAGAAAAGUGGAAGGAAGGGAAGGAAGACACAUCUUAAUUUUUUGGGGGAUCGAGUGGCAAAGUUGAAGGGACAAGGCACUGUGAGGGGAAGGCGGAGGCUCACUGUGUUUAAACUACUAUGCAAAAAACAAAACAAACAACAAAAGCAGAUUGCCUUAUAUCAUUGUGGAAGGCAGGACAUCUCCUGGGCUCCUGGCUUCCCCCUGGAGCUGGGAGGGAGGCCGGGGUUAGGGUGAUCUGUGUUGCAGCACUGAUUGGGUAGUGUGGGUUUGGCCAAGGUUGGUCAUGAGGCCGGGGUUCCCGCAAGGCACUGGCCUGCCUGACCGCUUGCUGCCUUCCGGACCUCUGGGUUCAGGGCGGGGGCGGAGGGAUCCUUUAUUGCCCUGGUAACUUGAUGUUCUUCCCUCCCUCGCCAGCCAACAAUAGAGGCUUAGAGAUCUGUAAUUUCUCUGUGAGAAAGUCUGAAGGAGCCAGGCCUGGUCUCUGCUCCUUUCUACCCGCCUUGGGUUAGGACUGUCCGGCAGUUGCCUGCUUCUGGCUGCUGGCAGGAGAGAGGCCGGGUGGGCUGCUGGCAGUGCAGGAGCUGGAGUGAGGGCCAUCCUCUUUCUGCUCCUGGACACACGCAAGCCUCUCUCAGCAAUUCUCUCGACUGGCCAGUCGGGGUAUUGAUCUGAGCCAGCAUCCCCCAAGACUUGAAUGGCUUGAGUGGGCCUGCGUUGAAGGGCACUGUGUGGCAACCCUCCCGCUUCCAAAUCUCAGCUUGGAGCCAGCUGAGCAGGCUUUGCUUUAUUAUUAUUUUUUAACCCUCUUUUCAUACCUACUGCAGUGGGUCUGUUGCCAAUUUUAAUUUUUUGUUGUCCCAGGAACUCCCUCUAGUGGUCAAGGUAGCAAAAUGUGCCCAAGGACUAGAACUUGGGUCCCUCUGCCUUGCCUGGAGGCAGAAGGAGGGGGCUCUGGGUUUCACUGGGAUUGUGGUCCCCAGGGGUCCAUGGCCUUUAAGGCUCUUCUCUCUUUUCUGUUUCCCCCACCUGUGUUACAGUCUUAAAAAUACUGUACAUAAUAGAUAUAUGUAGAGAGAGAGUGUGAGAAUGUGUUAGUGACUGACUACGUGUGAUGUAAUUUAUCACGAUUUGGUGGCCUUCGUCAUGAGUUUUUUCCUUUGUUUUCUUUUGCUGCGGGCACCUCCCACGGGUCCCCUGCGGCAGUCUGGAUGUGACGCUUCCAUAGUCAGCAUCUCUUGUUAGCCAAACAGUUCCCUUUGGCAGGUACUUGGAGGGACGAUGGUUUUGGAAGAGAGAUGGCCCUUCUCUCUCCUCACUGACCCUUGUUCUAAAGGUUACAGGGUUCAAACAUACCUGAUUCUUGUUGUUAUUGUUGUUGAAUUUUUAUUUUAACCAAAGGUUAUCAGAGCCAGUUGGGCUUGGACCUCAGCUGCUAAAAAGAUUUUCCGUUUCCUCGAGGGCAGGAAAACAUCCACCCUCGUGGGUCUCCUCCGUCCAGGGCUGAGGGAGGCUUUGGACAAUGUGGUGUGGGAGUUUCGUGGGCAGCGUGGAAGCCAGCCCUGGGUUGUUCCCCAAGGUGGUGGGAGGGUGACAGAUAUAUCUUUAGACUUAAGACUGUAAGGCAGCAGUGUUAGCAUUGGAGUAACUAAGGUUACUGUGGUGAUGGGUGUCCGGCGGUAUUAUUUUUACUUCCCUCCUUGUAUACAUAGGUGAUUUGUCUUUGAGGACUAGGGUACUCUAGGGAGUUUGAAAACUGCAGGAGCCAGAAAGAGAUCCUGGCCUGAGAGUCCCUUCCAGCUGGCUUUUAAUGUCUGCUCUCCUCUUGGGAGUGAGGACUUGGGGCAGGUGUGUGGGAGAGAGAAAGCCAGAGUGUGAUGGGCCUGCCUCCUGGGCUGGUUCCUGGGUUCGGCCUGCCUGCCUGCUUGCCUCUCCACCACAUGCUUUUUUCAGUUAAUGUCAGUGGGCCCUGCUUGUCCCUUCACCAUGAGCCCACAGCUUGCCAAGAAAGACCCCAACGCUCGCUGGGGCAGCACCAGUCCUAGCUGGGACGAAUUGGUCCAUCCUUUGUAAAGCUGUAAAUACUUAAUUUUGACUUUCUAUUUCUAAGCCCAGUGUCAUAUUGACACUGGUAUUUUAGAAUUGUUCUCAGAUGGGCUCUCCUGCGCUGCCCUCUGUCUCCUAUUUUUGGGGGUUUUAUACAAACAGAGGAUUGGGGAGGGAUAGGAAGACUAGCAUCCUUUUGGCUCCCUGGUUGGUUGUGAAAUACACACACACACACACACACACACACUCUCUCUCUCUCUCUCUCACUCCUCUGAGACUCCAAACAGAGAAAAAAAUUAUUGGCAAAUGAACACAUUUUUCUUUCUUGUCUUGAGAAAAUGUCUUGAGGUCCCUGAAGGGCCAAAUCCAUCAUGGACUAACUCUGUGGGUAGAGCUCAGAUGACCUAGGGAGAAUUAAACCACUUACGCUUGGAAUGGGAGGAGAGGGGGUGGGGUGGGGGAGAAUAUAAGAUGUAACUUAAGCUAAAUGUAAUCUAUUUAUAAAGCAAGAGACUCUCAUCUAUUUUUAUGAAAGGAAGGGUUUUUUAAUCUAGGGUAGGUAGUUGUGGUAGCCCAGCAUUUUCCUGUGGACGAGACAUGGUGCGUGUUGUUGCUGGAUUGAAUGGAACCCAUUCCUGUCCCCUGGCCUCGUCUUCUGUCCUCACUUUUCGUCAUCCACACCCAUGAGCCGCUUCAGCAGCGUGUAGGUCCCACUUCACCCCAUUCUCCUCUCCUCUGACCCCUCAGCUCCUUGGGGUCUUGGGGCGAGGAUCUGAGGGGGGCGGGUGGGCUGCAGGAAAUUCAGAAAUGUGGUGGGUGGGGGAAGGGACAAGGUACAUUAGGGAGGGAACAAGCUGGGCUCUGGGGGUAGGCUCUGAUUAAUUAGUUACUCUGACUCUGGUCUGCCGAGAUCCAUUUCCAACCCAGUUGCGUUGGGAGAGGGUUGGGAGGCAGCAGAGCAUUGGGUAACAGUGGGAGCACACGACUUCCUUAAAGCCUGGGCCUUCGUGGGUCUCAGGUGGUCAGGCAGCUGGAGCAGGAGUGGAAAUGGCGUAAGAUGCUCAUAGCCCAGCCCUGGCUGUGUCUACUCCAGGCCAAGCCUGGGCUGCAGUCCUUGCCGUGUGCCCCCCAGGGCCUGGGGGGGAGGGAUCAGGGUGCUGGGGGUUUCCUAGGACAGGGGUCUUCCCCCUUGAGACACCAAGCUCUGGCUCUAGAAGAGCUCUCUCCUGGAGUGGGGAGUCUGGAGGGGAAUGGGUGGGUGCAGGUAAAGCCAGAUUCUCUCUGGAAGGGAAUUUUCUAUGAAUGGAUGAUUUCCAGGCUCAGGGUGGGCUGUGUGUUAGUUCUGGGCAAAUCCCUCACCAAGACCCCUCCCUCCCAAGCCCUCAAAGAAACGAGGCAAAGCCCUUCCCUGCAAGACCCCUUGUGGACGUUUUUGCAUCUACCUGAUUUUUAGCCCCAUCCAGGGAGAGUUUAUACCCCAUGAUUCCAUCCUGCCUCACCGUUGCUGUUGUCUGCCAGCUGGGUCUAGCAUCACAGGGAAGGGGGGGAUUUAUACUCACGGAAAGACUACUGAUCCUACCGGAAACCAACCUGUUUACUGUACUGUUGUAAAUAUCAUGCCCUUUAUAUCCUGUAUAUUGGCUUCUUUUAAAUAAAGUGAAAUGUCUUAGAACUGA